AUGGGAAAUAGUAAUAGCAAAAAUAUUCACGUCUUUUUACAAAAUAUUAGUGAAAAUAGUUUUAAAGAAAAAGAAUUAUAUUCAGAAUUAUUAAAUUUGGAUGAAAAUUUUCAAAAUGGUGAUGAUUUUUAUUUAAUUAAAAAGUUUGUAGAUAAUUCAAAUAACAUAACUUUCUUAUUUAAAUUUUUAAUGAAUACCCUAAGUAAAGUUCUUCAAGAUACAAAUAAUAAUUAUUUGCAUGAAUGUAAAAUAUGCAUAAGAAUUUUUCUUUGUAUAUUUCCAGUUGUUCAAUAUAAUUAUAACAAAAAGGAAAUUAUUAACUUAAUGUGGAAGAAAGAUUAUUUUGAAAAUUUGAUUGAACAUAAUUAUAUUUGUAAUAAUAUACUUAUUUUGCAUAUUUUUAAUUUUUUAUUAAUUCUUUUGUUCACUGAAAAUGUAUGUAUUAAAAAAGGUAAUAACAAAUCAAAAAUGGUUUUAGUAAAAAAUAUUAUUGAUAUAAAUAGAUUGUGGUUUAAUAAAUUUUUAAUUCAUGGAGAUACAAAAUAUAAUGAUAAGAAAUUCACAAAUUUAAAUUUAAAAAAUAAAAAUGAUGAAUAUAUUUUUAAUGAUGUAAGUUAUAUUAAAAAAAAAAACAAAAAUGGUUUGUUAAGCGUAGAUAAAUUGACUGUUAAUGAUUCUAACUUCAAAUAUCUAAAUAAUAAUAAAGAAAAAUAUGAAUUAAAUAAUAAUAAAAAUAUAUUAGAUUCAUCUAAUGAGAAAAUUAAAAAAUGUGCAUAUGCAAAAGAUUCCAAUUAUGUAAAUUAUUCCAUUUCAGAAUAUGCAAAUAGUUCUCAAAAAAAAAGGAAUACGGAAAUUUUAUAUAAUGAUAUAAGUUUAGAAUUAAUUAAAAAUAGAAUAGAUAUUUUAAAAUGCUUAUUAAUAUUACUAAGUUCUUAUAUGUAUUUUGAUGAUAAAAGUUUUUUAAAAAAAAAAAAUUUAUAUUUAUUUCUAUUUUCAAGUGGAGAAAUUUAUUUUACUGCCAACUUUUUUUUAUCAUUGUUAAAUACUGUUUUUGAAAACGAAUUUAACUAUUUCAAUUUUUUUUUUUAUAAUGAUACAUACUUAGAAUUUUAUAAUUUAUGUAUUAUAAUUUUAAAUAUCUUAAUUAAUUUUAAUCCGUUCACUUUAAAAAAUAAAAAAAAAGUUCAUUACAUGAACAGUGCAGCAAAAUUCUUUUAUAAAUCAAAAAAAUAUUUUGAUUCAAAAAAAGGAAAUAUGAAUUAUAAUAAAAAUAACAAGGAAAAUGAGAAAAAAAAUGAGAAAAAAAAUGAGUAUAAAAUAGAUAUACAUAAAUUAUUAAAUAAUAAAAAAAUGAUUUCAUAUAUUAAGGAUACUCAAACAAAUGAAAAUAAAAGUUAUAAUAAUAUAACUGAAGAUUUGUGUGUGAAGAAAAAAAAAAAAAAAAGUGCUCAAUCAAAAAAUAAUAGCGAAAACAGCCAUAGAAAUUCAUCUUCAUUUGAGACUAUUAUAUAUAAAGAUAUAUAUGACGAAUCCUGUUCUUCUAGUAGUAGAAAUAUAGAAAAUAGUAAUAAUGAAAAUAUCAAUUCAGAUUUAAAUAAAAAUAAAACAAAAUUUAAUAAUUUAGAGAGUGAAUUGAAGAAAAAGAGUAAGUAUAUAAAAAGAGAAAAAAAAAAAAGUAAUUAUAUUUAUUUAAAAAAUAAAAAUAAAAUAGAAAAUUUUUAUUGUAACAAUGUAUUUUUAGAAAUGUUAUGUAAAUUAGAAUUAAAUAAUAUAAAACAUAUUUAUAAUGGAACAUUAAAUAUAUUGAUAAGUUAUAAAUUAUAUAUUGAAAAUUAUAACGAAAAUUUACCAUUUAUUGGUAAUUAUUUAUGCUUAUUAUGGAAUAUUAUGAACAAUAAUAACCUUUUCAUAAGUUAUAUGAAAAAACAUAAUAGUAACAUUUUUUUAUUUUAUAUUUUAUAUAUAUUACUAUGUUUGAACAAUCAUAGGAAAAAUGAAAUGCAAGAACUUGCAAAUACUAAAAAAAAUGAAAUAAUUACUAUUAAUAAUCAUAAUAUAAAUGAAGAAAAAUUUACUUACAAUAAUGAAAAUUUUAAUCAUUCUAAUAAAUGCAGAGAAUUUAACAUUAGAGUAUUUGAUGGUCUUAUUUAUAUUUGCUUGUUCAUUAUAUUAAAGAUAUCAUCAAAAUCAACUAUUUGUAAAAAUUUAAAUCAAAAGUAUGAUCAGAAAAUUAAAUUAAAUUUUUUAAAAAAUAUAAAUCAAUUCAAUAAUUAUGUAGAUUUCUUAGUAUUUACCUUAUACACAUUAAUUAAUGAUAAUAUAUAUUUUUUAAAGUUUGAACGAAUUAUAGAUAUGUGUAUUACUAUUCUCACUAAUGUUAGUGUUUAUAUUAAAUCAAUGAAUACAUAUUCUUGUGAAUAUAUUAUUAAUAUUUUAAAAAAAAUUUUAAAAAAGGAAUGGAUAUUAUCUUCUCAGAACCAUUUUUAUUCACUAUUUCUCCUACUAGAUUUUAUAAAUAAUAUUUUAUCAUAUAAUUUAUAUGAUAAUUAUAAUUUAAUUUAUAUGAUUAUAAAGAAUAAAGAUGUUUUUUUUUCAAUUCAUAAUUUACAUGAUGUCUUAAAAAACAAUUAUUUAUGUGAUUCUAAAACUUUUAAAGAUUACUGGAUACCCACAGAAAGUUGGUUAAUUAAUUGGAAAAAUAAAUUACCUCUUCACUUUAUUAAUAGCAUAAUUUAUGAUUUAGCGAAUUUGAUUGAAGAAGAGUGUGAUGAAAAAGAAAUAUUAAAUUAUGAUGAAGCUGUAAAUUUAAUAAAAAAUCAUUGUCUUACAAUAGAAAAUAAAAAAAUUCCUUUUAUAAUAAGAAAAUAUGAAAAAAAUAUUCUUUUAUCUAAAUGGUUUACUAAUUAUUUGUACUUUCUUAUAUUUUUUCAUACUUACAAACAGAAUCUUUUUAUUAAUAAUGGCAUCAAGUUUAUUUUUUAA